GGGGGAUUAUCCUUGCUAUUAUAGCAAGCUAAUUAGCGUGCUAUAUUUGUGUCAGGGUUGUUAUGUAACUAGCUUAACACAAUCAUUCCUAAAAUAUAUUGCGUCUCGUAUAAAUUUGGAAAGCUGUUUUUUACGAGAUGCGGUGUGGACGUCACGAAGUCCGGAGGUUUGCUAUAGAUAGCAAUGGCGUCAGCUAGUGUUCCGCGACCGAGGCAGCUUAGCACGACAACAGGCCAGUGUUGUUUCACGCAGCUAAAAAUCUGCUAAGACUAUAGCAUGUUACGCGCAGCAUAUAGCAUCCAAACGCUUGUGACAAGUCUCGUAGGAUGACUUACAACCACACAUUAUGUUGAAUACUUUUAAGGCAGGACUCAUCCUGACUCGAAACCGACCGAGCCUGAACCAAGCAACUCUUCAAGAUUCUUUGCAAGAAAGCGGUGCUCUUUGAGCAACGCUAAGUUUCACUUAAACGGAAAAACGGAAGUCGUCAGGCUGGAGUGUGUCCUGAUGGCCGAGUCAGAGACUGACUGUGACACACCAGGUCUCGAUACGUUGGGAUCUGAGUGUGUCAUAGCCCAUACGCAAGUCGGUGACUUGCAUUAUGGGGCAGAAACUGAGAUUAUGACUCAAGAGGACAAACGACUCGACUUGGAAGCUAUUCAUGGCGAUUUAGGAGCGGUGACGUGCGUGGACGUGGUAACGGAGACGGACCAUGACUACAUUAAAUCCGAAAUACACCACGAUCACCAUCAGUACUUCAGCACUGCUGAAAUUAAAGGCGAGCAUUUGCUCGGCGAGGUGCUGUUGAAGACCGAGAUCGGUGGAGAUCAUAUCGUGAAGGUGGAGUCGGACCAUGGAGGGGAACUUACGGUGGAGUCAGAGAACGGCAUUAUUAUUCACGAAGCCCAGGGCCUGCAGUGCAGUGAAUGCGGUGAGAUUUUUGGGAGCAUGACGGAUCUCCACGAACAUUUCGAAAUCCAUAAAGCCACCCACCCAUACAUUUGCGUCCACUGCGGGGAGAGCUUUGCCAUUGAGGCAAGCCUCAGAAGUCACAUGAAGAUUCACAUGAAACUUGAUAAAAGUUAUACCACUGGUCUUGAGAUGGUUGGUAAAGGAGUCAUCGACGCAUUCAGCUUGAAACCACACCAGAUGAUGCACUCUCCCGAAAAGCCACACAGAUGUUCAGAGUGCGGUAAAAGCUUCGCGGCCGCCAUCACUCUCCGAGAGCACAUGAAAAUGCAUUCUGAGGACAAACCCUACAAAUGCACCCAGUGCAGAAAAAGCUUCAUGCGCAGACGCCACCUUAAGAAACAUCAAGAGAUGCAUGCCCGCGACAAGCCGUUUACCUGCGUUCAGUGCGGAAAAGGUUUUGCCACGGCUUCCAAUCUCAAACAGCACCAGAAGACCCACGUCGGCGACAAGCCAAACAGAUGCGCCCAGUGCGGUAAAUGUUUCGCGUCUGCGUCCACGUUACGAGAGCAUAUGAGAAUUCACUCAGGAGAGAAGCCCUACAAGUGCAACCAAUGUAGGAAGAGCUUCGUCAGAAAACGCCAUCUCAAAAAGCACCAGCUGGUUCACCAGGGUGGAAAGCCCUACCGGUGCUCUCAAUGCGACAAGGGUUUCAACCAUUCCUCUUCCUUGUCCAGACAUCACAAGGUCCAUCUGGAGGCAAAGAUGUACGCCCAGGGUGAUAAGGAGUUCCCCUUUGAUGCUCAAAUAAAGAGAGAGAUGCAUGCAGGUGAAAAGCCAUAUAGCUGCAGCCAUUGUGAGAAGAGCUUCAAUCACUCGUCGUCGUUGUCCAGACACCAGAGAACUCAUUCGGAUGGCAAGUCGUACACCUGUGCUCAAUGCGGGAAGCGGUUCAAUCAUUCUUCCUCUCUUGCGAGGCACCAACGGGUUCAUUUGGAGAAAACUACGUAUAGUGCAAUGUCACCAGGAAAGGGAUUCCCUCACACUACCAUCUUGAAACAGAGAAUCCUUCAGAGUGAAAAACCAUACAGGUGCGCUCAGUGCGGAAAGGGUUUCAAUCAUUCAUCCUCUCUGUCGAGGCAUCACCGAAUUCAUCUUACUCAGUAAAAUCUUAUCCCUUCCCAUGUGUGAUGUUUUAGUGCUUAUAGCACCCUUGAUUCAAGAGAGCAUGAUGAUGAUGAUGAUGAUGAUAAAGGGUAUGGUAAAAGAUGCAAGAAAAUGCAAAACGGACUGGCUCUAAAGGAACUCUUUAUUCUGAAUUUGUCCUUUUAACUUUUCAAGAGCAAUGAUUGACACUGAAAACAUGAAGAAACCCCAUUUGUACAGAUUGACUCGAUACACCAAAAUGUUCCAGAAUGAAAAAUGUAUGAUUAAAACCGUAGAUGAAAUUUGAGAAUCAUUCAUUACUGACUUGUGUUAGUCAUGUUGUGUGGCUUCUGGACGCUUUCGGGAAUUUAGGUCUGGCACAGUCUUGAACGGAGUGUAAGGUCAAGUCGGUUUUGAAUGGCAGAUAAUUGAGUGAAUAGCAACUAGCCACUCCCCUAGUCCGUAUCAUUACCUGUCUCUGUAUCAUUAUUGGUUCAAGAAUCUGAUAUCACCUGUAAAUACGUGUUGAUUUUCUUUUAUAUAGAUAUGUAUAGGUAAGUAGUGUGCUGUUUUCUGAAAAAGAGCAUUUUUGAUGUAUUAUCCAGUUAGUCUUAUCCAUCUCUUGUAAGUAAAAUGGGAUGGUGCUUUAAGGGGAUGUCACUAGUUUUGAAUGAGCGGUCUUAAAAUUUAAGGCACAAUAAUUAUUAUAAACCCCUUAUGAUGCCAACUAUUUGAAGUGGCAUCACUGUUAUUAACCUGACUAAUCUGCAGCAGUGGGAUUAUAGGAGCAAAACAACAAGGUGGGAAAAGUAACUGUUGAGUAAGGUAUGGACUUUGCACCUAAUGGUUUUUUCUUCGGGGUGUCAGGUAAUUUUGCUUAAAGGGGGUUGAGCUAACAAUAUUAUCAUAUGCAUUGUUUGUAAGGGAAUUUGGUUAAUCUUUAUUUGGCUAUUGUUUAAAAAUAAAAAAAUGUAAUAAAAAAUAAACGUGGGGCAGACUAAGUAUUCCCUCAGACAUAAACAGUGCUUCUCCCUCUUGCCCACCUCUAUGUUACCAAUGGCUGGCUGUAUAUUACAAAGCUUUGCCCAGCCAUUGUUAUUGUCAGAUCGCAAUGUAAAGCAUUUAGUUGUAUUCUGGAUACACUUUAUGGAGUAUCAACAUUUAUGAAUAAUAGAUUGUGUAUACUUUAAUGCAAAUACAAAAUAUAGCUUGCUUUUCAAAAAUUUUUGAUUUCCUUUGUUUUCCCCAAAUUCCAUGCUUUCUAUUUACAGUUGCGUAUGGAGAUCUUUUACAAACGGAUGUAUUUUUUUAAUAAGGUCUGGGUAAUAUGAAAGGGAAAUGAAAGGAAAAAAUGUUUUUAUGGGAGUGUAUAUUGAAUUGAAACUAUUCUUUCUUUUCCAUUGGAUAACAGUUGUGCUUAAUCAUGUAGCAUAGGUUUCUUCAUUGUGUUAGUUAGGUGCCUUAUUGCAUGCCGUGUAGAAAUGUAUGCUGAGCUAUAAUAAGACAAAAAAAAAGAGGUUUCGGCUCCUUCCCCUUAGUUUCUUUACAUGCUAAUCAAUGUUUUAAUUUGAUUUUUUUGCUUCUCUGUACAUGAAUGUUUACACUGUUACUGUCUUUUUAAUUUUUUGUCUGUCAACUAGCCUCUUACUAGGCUUAGAGGUUAAAGUUACAAUGCCAUUGAUCCACAUGUUGAUUGCCCUCUAUAGUGAUAAAUUCUUGUCCCGUUUGUCUAUCUCCCCCAUCUUUGAGUGGCUCACAUAUAUGGUUAAAUAAAGGCUGUUGACUAUCAA